CCGUGCAUAUCAUUGCAAUGUACAUACUUAUGUUGAGAUUGUUUUCAUAGAUCCUACUUAUGAAUAUUAAAAUUUAUUAAAAUCGUGUGCAUACAAUUUAUUAGAAAAAAGUUUUAAGUAUUAAUACCUACGUGAAGUGAAUAUGUUCUCAAAAAGUGAUAUAAAGUAUUCUCCGUCUGAAAAUAAAAAUGUUUAAAUUGGGCCAUAAUGCCCAAUCGGCAGAUGCCAACUCGAUUACGAUUUAGAUAGGAAAUUUUAUUCUGGGACUUUUUAACUGUAAAAAUUAAUACCUAAACAUUUUUAAAAUUGUGUCAAAUUGUUGAAAUUAAUAAGUUCUUAAUUAAAUGUGUCCCAUAAAUCUGAGACGUUUUUGUGAGGAGUGGCGUAUCUGGAUACGACCACUUCUAAUCGUCACGUACUGUAUAUUUUUAAUUAUCGUGGUUCCCCUGCUUAUUGUAAAUUCUGUAAAAGAUGGCUUCAAGCGCAAUGACCAGCUUAUACUUAUUGGUGGUCUAUUUGUAUUAUCAGCGGUACCAAUUUCCAUUUGGCACAUUAUUCAACAUGUCAUACACUUUACCAAACCGAUUUUGCAGAAGCACAUUAUUAGAAUUUUAUGGAUGGUUCCAAUAUAUGCCCUAAAUGCGUGGAUAGGUCUGUUUUUUCCAAAGCAUUCCGUAUAUGUAGACUCUCUUCGUGAAUGUUACGAAGCUUAUGUGAUUUACAACUUUAUGGUCUACCUAUUACACUAUCUUAAUUUGGGUAUGGACCUAGAAGCAACAAUGCAGUAUAAACCUCAGGUGUAUCAUUUCUUCCCACUUUGUUGUAUGCGACCUUGGGUAAUGGGUCGCGAGUUUAUACAUAAUUGCAAACAUGGAAUUCUUCAAUAUACCGUUGUUCGGCCUAUUACCGCCUUUAUUUCUGUUAUUUGCGAGAUAUGUGGUGUCUAUGGAGAAGGCACAUUUGCUGGAAAUGUGGCAUUCCCCUAUAUCGUAGUGAUUAACAACAUUUCACAGUUUGUGGCAAUGUAUUGCUUAGUACUAUUUUAUAGAGCAAAUAAAGAGGAUUUGAAACCAAUGAAACCGAUACCCAAGUUCCUUUGUAUCAAAGCAGUCGUUUUCUUCUCGUUUUUCCAAGGAGUAAUAUUAUUUUUAUUAGGCUACUAUCAACUUUUACAGAAAAUAAUCACACUUGGAGAUAAUACGAAUUUGGCGUCAAUGCUGCAGAAUUUUCUGAUUUGUAUUGAAAUGUUCAUCGCCGCAGUGGCCCAUAUUUACAGUUUCCCGCACUAUCCGUUUCAUAUCAAUUCGCCUCAAUACUGGAAUAAUCCAAAUCAUAAUUGGUGCCGUGCGUUCCUCUCAAUGAUGGACAUAUCCGAUAUGCAGCAAGAUGUCACGGAGCAUCUAGGAGUAGUAAGUAGUUCGAUUAGUCGACAUUUUCAAGGUCGAAGCACAUACCAGCCUCUCUCUCGUGGACCCCGCCGUUCCAGUAGUGAAACGGAAUAUUUGAUGAGUAAGCGAGAAGAUGGUGAUAGCACUACAGACGGUAUAGUUAGUGACAUGCCCACAACAAGCUCUAUGAUCGGCGAUGUAAUGAUAGUUGGCGGAGGUGGCGCUGUUAUACAAAAAGGUAAUAGAAACAAAUAUUAUACGAAUUUCGCUAGUAAACCAUUGGUUAAAACCAAUCGCUACGGAGCUACUGAUAAUCUUUUAUUGCCUGUUGGCGAGGUCGCACUAACCACUGAUUCUACAUCUCACAUCCACUUAGCAGGCAACCGUGCACCGCACAGCGCUUCAACUAAAGCGCCGACAGCCACCAACAUAACAACCGCUGGAACGCAUUCCAAUUUCGGUAUAAAUAUACAGAAACGGGAAGUGCACACAAGAGAAUACUCACCACAGCAAUUAUAUGGGGCCCCUGUACCCAGUGGCAAUAGUUUCUUGCAAGCACGAAAUAUAGGUGGGCAUUCCGACAGCAUUCCCGAGGCAGAUGAUGAUUUUGUCUCUUUAAUUGGGGCUGGCAGAUGACAUCGUAAUCUCGAAUGUAAUAACCACAGUCAGAAUAUCAAUUCAUCAGCAGUCGAAUCGACGUCAAUGUCUGUAUCGGCUUCGGUGAACUUUUCUAGUAGUCUUAAACUGUCGACAGGCGAGAGUGGCAGUUGCAGUUCCUCUGAUUGGCUAAGUACGUCGCACUCUGAAGAUAACAACGACAAUGACAGCAACGACCACCACGAUGACAACAACUUAAUACCGAACGAUGCUAAUAUUCGUGAUAUUGGGCAAAUGAGUGACUUAGGGGGGGAUAACAUUGUUGGUAGUGCAAAUGUUGCUUAUAAUGUUGAGCAGCAUGGUUGCAUUGAAAUUUCACCGAACCACGUAGCCAUGAGACGAUCACGACAAAGACCUACAAACAACGAGCACAUCACAUAAAUUUCGCGGCAACAAUAAUCUACAAAUUUUAAUUUCUUGCAUAAUUUGUGUUACUUAUUAUUACUUCCUCGGUAUAUUGUUGGAGUUAGAUAUGCUUAUUAUAUACACUGUAGUCAUGAUGUAAAGUAAUCAAUUAUGAUUUGUUAAAAUUGGCAAUAUGACGUCUUAUUUCAAUUAUUUUUAGUUUGUAAGCUCGAUUUUUUUAUUUGUUUACAAUUUGCAUUUUAUCGCCUGCUUGCCGAUUUCAACCAGUUUUAAAGUUGUUCAAACAGAAAAUUAUGAAUUCAUACUUUUUAAAUGCGUUCUAAUAACAAUAACAGUUAUCUGUAGCGUAAUAAUGUGGCCUUUUUUAUAUGAAAAUCAUAGCGAAAUUAAAGUUUUAUUACAAAAAGACUGGGGGAUUAAAUUCUUAAACUGCUUAAAAAGCGGAUUUUUUUUUGCUUUUUCGAUCAUUAAGUUUUAUUAGACCACGUGAAAUCACCGAUUUGUCGUAGAUUGAUGUAAGGAAAUCAAAGAAUUCUAUAUUAUUAUGUCUCGAAAUUUGUGAAUACGUCAAGAGGGAUAAAAUUUAUAUUUACAUUUUCGCAUUCUAAUUCAAAAGUUGAAAAUGUAGACAGUUUGUAAAUUCAGUGGAGUUAAUUAGGAAAAAGUGUGAAAUAUAUGCAACACACUUACACGAGUUAUAAAUAAUAUUGUCUUAUGCAAAAUAGUAAAGCGCUUAGUUACGAAAUGAAAUUAUAAAAUAUUAUACAACAGUUCCCUUAAUUCCGUGUAUUUGUAUGUAAAUCAUAAAUGAAAACUAGCCGCAUUAGAAAUAUCAAGUUCAACAUAAAGAAUCAAGCUAAAUCAACCCAAUGCAAUAGAAUAUUCAGAAUAGUCAAAGGGAUAAAGUGAUGUUUUUUGUGCUUGCAAAAAAAUUCUGAGCAAUUCAACAUGGGUGUCACACAUUUUUCGGCUAUAAAUAAAUUUUCGUAGUCAUAAUAUUAAAUCAUUGAUAUUAUUUACUCUUGAAUUUUUUUAUCGUUUUAUUAUUAUUAUUAUUACAAUUAACAAUAAAAUGGACGUUUAAGUUCAAAAUUUAUUAAAAUAUCGGAAUAUUAAGUACAUAUUUGGACUAAUAAUGCAACGACAUUAUUUUACAAAAGACCUUUUGGACGUACCAAUCGAAUAUAUGUAGCACAGCAGCUAAUCUUUUGCAAUAUAUAUAAAUAUACAUAUAUAUACCGUGGUAUAUAUAUGUUUGUCGUCUAUUAGAAAUUAAAAAAAAAAAAUUUUUUUUUAUUGUACAGUCAAAAUGACUGUCCACCGAGUAUAUACAUACAUAAAUACCCAUACUAAAACAUUUUUAACGACAAACUAAAUACAAAAUACAGAUCGAAAUAACGUUAAACACUUAAAAUUAGAACACUGGAAUCAUUGACUGACCGAACAAUACGUCGAGACAUGUCUUUUCUGCUUUAAGGCCUUCAAUUACCCAAACAUUAUAAAUAUGCGAAACAAAACUGAUUGGUUAUGUACUCGUAAACUCGUAUAAAUGUUGUUGUUAAUAACUAUUACUAACGCCAGUGGUUAAAGGCACGAAAAAUUACGCAUUCAUCAACAAAAGGUGUAUAUUUAUCAAUUAUUGUAAUUUGUGCGACCGCCUAGUUCUAAUAGGUAGCGAUCAGGAUGAUCCAUCCAAUCAGCUGCAGUUAAUUUUACAGUCCGUUGCCGUUCAGCUUCCUUGAUUUGCCAUUUCUUAAUAUCCAAUUGCACAUCACGUGAUGCCUUGUCACCACAGCCCCAUACCUGUUAAGAAAUCCAUUAAAAGAGAGAAUGAGAUAUGCCAUCUGAUAAUAAGAGUGCGUGUACGCUCAUUGCUUCACCUUUCUACUUAUAUACAAACAAAAUUUGCUAAUUUUUUCGACGUCACACCUGCAUUCGUAUGUAUAUUUUAUACAUACCAAUACACACGGCAGGUGUGUCAUUCCUACUAUAACUUUGUAUGCAUUGUACAUAAGCAUAUUAACCCAAAAAAAUUGUGCUACUCUUAUGUGUAUUAUACCGUUACUCUGAAAUUCCGUUUCACUUUUGCCUGUAGUUAUUAUAUUACAUUCACAUGUAUAAAUUAAGUAAAAUAAAAGAAUUAUGUUUUAUCGAUAUAACUGAAA